AUGAAAUCACAGAAUUUAGACCUAAUAAAAAACAUAAAUUUUGAUAAAAAUCAUAAUUUUAUAAAUUAUACUGAACUCUAUAAAAAAUAUAAAGAAAAAUAUAAUGUUAAAUCAUUCAACAAAUUACCAGUAAGUGCUUAUACAUAUCCCAGAUAUUCCAAAAUAACUAAUUUUGAUGAAUUAAAAACAGAGUUAAUAUGUGAAAAAGAAAUUAAUGAAAAUGAAGAAGAAUAUGAUGAGAACGAUGAACAAGAUAAUAUAAACAAUUACGAUGGAAAUAUUGAAAUAUUAUUUCCUAGGAUAAACCAAAAAGAAAAGCAAGAUAUAAAAAUAGAAAAAAAAGAAGAUAACAUUUAUAAAAGUAAAAAAAAAUCCUUAAGACAAAGAAUAUAUGAUGGAGAAGUAAUGUUUUAUGAUGAUUAUAUAGAACAAUUAGCUGUUAAAGAUUAUGAACAUUUUUUUAAAAAACCUUAUGAAAUUAAAAGGAAAGAUGAAGGUGGAAAAAAUUAUUUUUAUGGAAAAAAAUUAGAAAUGAAUGAAGAAGAAGAUAUAUACCGUAAGUUUUAUGGUUUUGAUGAUGAAUAUUUUUUAAACAAAUUUAAAUUAAAAGAUAAAUUCGCUGAAAAAGAAAAAAAUAUGGAAGAAAAACAAAAAAAAAGAAAUGAAGAAAAAAUAUUAGAAAGACAAUGUGGAAAAAAACUAACAUAUGAAGAUAGACAAUUUAUAUUUAAUAUUAUAGAAGAAAAUCAAUUACAAGAUAAUAGCAUAUAUAAAUAUUAUAUGAAAAAUAAAUGUAUAUUCGAUAAAAAUUUACCAGAAUUUAAAAAGAAAGAAUUGUUAUGUGGUUAUAUACCUGAUAUUAUUUUACCAGCAAAUGUAAGAAAAGUUAAACAUCCUAAAAAUUGUGGAGUCCCAUUAAGUAGUUUACAUAUAUAUGCUCAGUUUAUUCAUGAGUUAUUUAAAUGCCCAUAUAUUUAUAAUGCCAUAGAUGUUGAAUUAGGCAAAUAUUGGAAAACAAACGACAAUGAAUUACUCAAUAUAAUGAAAUCAGAAAAAAUUAAAAAGGGGUAUAAAAAAGAUAUAUACACAGCAACAAAGGAACAGUUAGAAAAGUCUAGUGAAAAAUUGAAAAAUUUAUUAAAAAAUGAUGAAGUUCAAGGUGAUACAAAAAAGAAGUUUACUAUAAAUUUUAAAAUGCCAAAGAAAGAAAAAACAAAUAUAGUUGUAUCGAAAGGUAGGUAUAUUAUAUAA